GUCUCUUUUCAGAUUUCAGUAGUGGCUGAGUCGCCGACCGUGUAACAUGUCUCUAGUGCAGGUAUGCAUAGUGUUUCUACUGGGUACAUACCACAUAGAGCAGACAGGGGCAAACCAUGGCAAAGAUGGUAACAACGUUGUCAAUUUACCAAGCAUACCAGCCGCUCCAACACCGCACCAUACAAUCAACAAACUUUUAAAGCUGAUGGAGAGUUGUGCAGUGAAGGAGGAGCAGCAACAGAGAUCCCUGCAGCUGAUGUCUCUGACGACGAAUGUCACUUGUAAUGAUGGCUCCCCUGCUGGGUACUACUUCAGAAGAUCAUCAAGUUCCAAGCAUUGGAUUAUAUUCCUCGAAGGUGGCUGGUACUGCUAUGACCAGAGAAGCUGUCACUUACGCUGGUUGCGCAUGCGUCAUUUGAUGUCAUCACAUCAGUGGCCCCACGUCAGACAUGUGGGUGGCAUACUAUCAUCAGAUCCCGAGGAGAAUCCCCAUUGGUGGAAUGCAAAUCAUGUUUUUGUACCAUACUGCACAAGUGACUCAUGGAGUGGCCAAUCACAUGUUAAGCCUGAUAGCAAAUUCUCGUUUCAAGGGGCUUUAAUUGUGGAUCAAGUUGUCAGGGACUUACUAAGUAUGGGACUUGAAAACGGAUCAUCACUGCUAUUGGCUGGAAGCAGUGCAGGAGGCACAGGAGUAAUGCUAAACCUGGAAUUUGUGCAACGUAUAGUCAAAGCGAGGCAGCCACACAUAUCCGUGUACGGCGUGUCGGACUCCGGCUGGUUCCUGGACCGCACGCCGUUCCUGGACCGCACGGACGUGUCGCACGUGCCGGACGUGCCAGCUGACGGUGUGAAACGUGGAUACGGCAUGUGGCGGGGACGCGUGCCGCAUAGUUGCAAGAAACACUACCCUAGUGAACCGUGGAGGUGUUACUUUGGGUACAGGCUGUAUCCUACUUUGACCGCACCACUAUUCGUGUUCCAAUGGCUGUUUGACGAGGCCCAGAUGACUGCAGACAAUGUUGGCACUCCUGUCACGAAGCAACAGUGGGACUAUAUACACAAAAUGGGGGACAGUCUCAGGCACACCUUCCGAAAUGUCAAAUCAGUAUUUGCUCCAUCCUGUAUAUCGCAUUCAGUCCUAACAAAACGGGAUUGGAGGUUACUUCAAAUAGACGAUGUGUCUCUGCCGCAAGCACUACAUUGCUGGGAGCAGCAUACACUCUAUGCUAUGCAGAAAGCAGUCAAUGAGAACUCAACGAGUAUGUUAUCAGACGCACCUCUGAGGCUACACAGGAAAGAGUCGAGAAAACAGCUGAAAUCCAAUCAUCACAACAGCACUAUACCCACAGAACAGAGGAAGAGGAGACGAAGGAAGAAUCGAAAUAGAAUAAGGGGCAAGAAACGAAGAGACAAAAAACGGAUCCGAGAGAGAGCGGAGAGAUCGCCAAAACUGAGAGAGCCGACAUGUGUGCACAGGUUCAUCGAGAGGUGCUCCUGGCCUCAGUGCAACCAUUCUUGUCCCAAGCUCCAUAAUCCAUUCACUGGAGAGGAAAUGGACUUCAUCGAACUGCUGAAAUCAUUCGGACUCGACAUGAUGAGUGUGGCGAAUGCCCUGGGAAUUGAUAUCCACACGCUCAACAAUAUGGAUCAUGAGGAGCUUCUCAAUUUGCUGACUCAGCAAGCUAACUGAUCGCAACCAGUUAGGUCCACAAAUAUCCUAAACCAAAGCAUACAACAACAAUUGUAAACAUAACAACAUAAAUAUGUUAUUUUAUAAACAAGAACAUAACUUUUGUACGGUAAUAAUUGUACCUAUUUUGGGACAAUUUCUAUCUAAAUUUGGGAAAGGAGCAGUUUUGGGCUUUAAGCCUAAUAUCCUCAACCAAAGCACAACAAAUAUUGUAAACAUAACUAUUUUAUGUUAUAAACAAGAAUAUAACUUUUGUAACGUAAUAAUUGUACCUAUUUUGGAACAAUUUCUAUCUAAAAUUUGGGAAAGGAGCAGUUUUGGGCUUCAAGCCUAAUAUCCUCAACCAAAGCACACAACAAUGUAAACAUAGUAACAUAAAUAUUUCAUGUUAUAAACAGCAACAUAAGUUUUGUAAUAAUUGUAAACCUAAUAAUUUUACCUAUUUUUGGACAAUUUCUAUGUAAAUUUGGGAAAGGAACAGUUGUGGGCUUUAAGCCUGCUGUUCCUCUCCAAUCAUUCAUAGUUGAGAAUUAUAUUGUAUCUAUCAAUAUUAUAAAUAAAUAAUUAAAUAAAUAAACUGAACGAUUAGUCGACAUGUAAGAGUAGG